GUUCAUGACCAACCACACAAAAUAGAGUGGAUAUAUAUAUAUAUAUAUAUAUAUGUGCACCCAACUACCAACCUAUCACAUACAAAAGGAUAAAGUAGCUGCGCAGGCCCGUUUACAACUACCAUUCAUCCUAUGGUUUUGGCUUCUUUUCAUCUCCCAUUCUCCAUCCCACAAUUUAAGGCUAAGGCUAAGUAAUUCAAGUACUUGUGGAACUGAAGUUCAAGUGGAUUCUGUAGCCGAGGUCACCAGUAAAGAUUCAGAAAAGGAGCUUGUCUUCUCACAUGAUGAGGAAAUCCUGAUUGCCAGAAUGUUCAACUUGGUUGGAGAAAGGUGGCCACUAAUUGCAGGGAGAAUCCCUGGAAGAAAUGCUGAGGAGAUUGAGAAGUAUUGGAAUUCAACAUACUCCACCAGCCAAUAGGAUGCCGCCUAGGCUUGGCUGUGGGUCCCGUUGAUAUCACUCGCGCGCGUAAAACUGUGAUAUUCGGAAGGACGAAUUUAAGUGGAAAAAAUAAAAAAUGACUCACUCAUUUAGCAGUAAUAAUUUGCAAAUAAUUACUUAUAUUAAUGGUACGGUAAACCUUUGUUUUGUUCAGAGAUAUUAUCCGAAACAGGAUUAAAACAGUUUGAAAAUUUCCAAAUAGGAUUGUCAUGUUUUGGCAGUACCAGACUUCAAACAUGUCACUAUUUUCUAAACAUGACAGUAAUUAGUCCUAUUUUGGGAAUAAAAAACAUGACAGUCCUAUUUUGGAAUUUUGAAACAAUUUUAGUCCUAUUUCGGGAACUUUCCCUUUUCUUUAUGAAAAAGAGUGACUAUGUUUGUUUCCUUCAACAUUGUGGUAUUUCAAUUCAAGAUCGAAUCAAAGUGCUCAUGUCUCUCUGCUCAAA